AACCCUAAACCUAGAAGCUCGAAAUCCCCCAAAUCUCACUCCCAGCCGCGAUGAAGUACAACCCUCGCGUAUCCUCCUCCCGGCGCAAGAGCCGCAAGGCUCAUUUCACGGCGCCGUCCAGCGUUCGCCGCGUGCUGAUGAGCGCGCCCCUCUCCGGCGACCUCCGCUCCAAGUACAACGCUCGGUCGAUGCCCGUGCGCAAGGACGACGAGGUGCAGGUGGUCCGCGGCACCUACAAGGGGCGCGAGGGCAAGGUUGUGCAGGUCUACCGCAAGAAGUGGGUGAUCCACAUCGAGCGCAUCACUCGCGAGAAGGUGAACGGAUCCACCGUCAACGUCGGCAUCCACCCCUCCAAGGUCGUCAUCACCAAGCUCCGCCUCGACAAGGAUCGCAAGUCGCUGCUCGACCGCAAGGCGAAGGGCCGUGCUGUUGCGGACAAGGAUAAGGGCACCAAGUUCACUGCUGAUGACAUUAUGCAGAACAUCGAUUGAUAGGUUUCGAUCUAAUUUGAGCUUUUUAUGUUUAAUGUUUUUUAUUUGGGGCAAAAGCAGAGUACGCUAUACUUUUGUGUAUUGGAUUUUGUUUUUGAAUGCAAUUCUGAUAGCUAUGCAUCUUAA